AUUUGGCGCUAGACACAUUCGAGCGCCCUGGAGGCCUGGAUCUGGUUGAUCACACGUGGACGGCGGUACGGAGUGGAGCCUCAACUCGACUCGGGUCCGGCGCUGAGCCGCUGACCGUCGACCCGACCUUGCCCUGGCUCGCCUCCUCCGCUGCGGCGGUCUGGAAGGGAUCACUGGAUCGUAGAUCCCACUCGGCAAACCCAAACGGCCAAACCUUUGCUUGCAUUCAGCACCCCCGGCGAGACGCCACUCCAACUGCCGGGAUCCAGCCGCUGCACGCGGCGGCCACCCCGCCCUGCCGGCCGACCAGGGGGGUUGAGAGCGGGCGAGGCGGAGAUGCAGAGCGCCACGCGGCUGACGCUGCUACUGUGCGCGGCGUGGGCGGCCGCGCUGCUGUACGGCGAGAUGGGCGCCUACUGGGUCUCCUACCUCGCAUGCUCGUGGCCCUCGUCGUCCUCCUCGCCGCCGAAUAACCAUGUCAAGGUUGCUGUUGUUGCUGACCCACAGCUUAUGGAUAGCACCUCCCUUGGUCUUCCAUCAAGCUCAGUUGCUCUCCAAGCUGCUGAGUUUUACACGGAUUUGAACAUGAGAAGGUCCUUCCAGUCCACCAUACUGCCAUUCAAACCUGAUGUGGUCUUAUUUCUUGGUGAUCACUUUGAUGGAGGCCCUUACAUGCCCGAUGAAGAGUGGCAGGAAUCAUUGUUUCGAUUUAAACAUAUAUUCGGCCUGAAUGAUCAAAGAACAAAGCAACAGAUCCCUAUCUACUACCUUCCAGGAAAUCAUGAUAUUGGUUACUCAGCAUUUCAUUCAGUCCAUCCUGAGGUGCUCAGUCGGUAUGAAAAAGAAUUUGGAUCAAGAAAUUAUCAAUUUUCUGCUGGGAAGGUGGACUUCGUUGUUGUUGAUGCCCAAACACUUGAUGCAGGAGCUAAACAAAGCAAAGAAAGGUCCUCCUCUUGGGAGUUCAUUAAAACUCUAUCUCCAGGUAACACAUCAAACCCAAAGGUUCUGCUAACACAUAUUCCACUAUACCGACCUGAUAACUCUCCUUGUGGCCCGCAUCGUUCUUCACCUGUUAUAAAUCAGAGGGUAUCUUAUGCCGCCUUAGACCAAGGAAUCACCUACCAAAAUUAUCUAACUAAAGAGACUUCUGACCUUUUGCUAAGCUUGUUGAAGCCGAUCCUUGUGCUCUCAGGCCAUGAUCAUGACCAAUGCACAGUUGUCCACUCCACUCCUUUUGGGCCAGUUACAGAGCAUACCCUGGGGACAAUAAGUUGGCAGCAAGGAAAUCUCUAUCCAUCUUUUAUGCUGCUAUCUGCUGGACCCAAGUUAUCACAAAAUUCAACUGAUCUGGAACAUGAGGUUGCAAUGAACCUUUGCUUUUUGCCUAAACAAACCCAUAUUUAUAUCUGGUAUAUCUGCCAGUUUGUAGUGACCAUCCUUCUCCUAGUCUUUUGGCCAACAAAUGGUCUCGGUUCUCUUCCUUGCAUGAACACAUUCAUGAGCUUCAUGAGGUCGGUGGGCGCCGAACUGCUUUCAAGGACCAAGGAAAAAGAUGACGAGGACGAUGGUGAUUAUGAUAUGGUUUUUGAUGCGGAAGGAUCCAUGCACCUCGUUAAAAAGGCAGUGGCAAAGACCCCAAGUGCUAGCUCAGACUCCAGACCUACUGGACGCGGAAGUGUUGUUGCAAGGGCAACAGCAGGAAGACACCGAUUGGAGCCUGAUUCAUCGAUUCGUGUCGACAUGGGUUCUGAGAUGACAUCAGAAGAUGGGGGAAAGUUGGCCCGCGCUGGCAAAUCGGGAGCAAGGAAGGUGCUCCAACGGCUGUUCCGUGUCAUUCAGUCUGUUCUUGUCAUUGCCGCUCUGAAUGCCCCCUUGUACAUGAUGCUUCUCUUCAAGGAUUGGAUUGAUCGUUGAAGGUAAUGAUGAUAAGGAUCUCUGGAUUUGCUUCACAUGAAUCAUUCCCUGGAGAUCAAAAAUGGUGCAAUAGGGGUCCGUUUGGGAGGGCUUCGGCUCCUCUGAAAAUGGCUAUGGCUCUAGCUCUUGUAAAGGAGCAGUUUCCUCAGUAAUUCCUCUGCAGGAGCCAGUGUGUUUUGUUUUUGCAAGCAAAACGGCUCCGCAGUUGCUGCUACUUGUUGAAGCCACUACUUGCUGCUAAACAUGGAGAUCUGCAUUCAACCUGCUA